AUGCACACUAUGAGUUCUAGUAUAAAAGAUAACAAAGAAUCUGAACUUGGCGAGGCGUUCUCACCAGAACAACAAAAGGUCAUUAUGCAACAUUUAAUGAUAACAAAACAGUUGAACAUCAACGUUAAGAACUAUUCACAUGUUCCUUGCAAAUUCUUCAAAUCAGGAAAAUGUCAGGCCGGUGAACAUUGCAAAUUCUCACAUCAAUCGAAUAUUUUAAAUUCUGCUAAUUUAAUUCCAUGCAAGUAUUACAAAAAGGGACACUGUAAGUUUGGUGAACAUUGUGUCAAUUCUCAUGAACUGACAUCGCCAUCAUUAGAACAAACUAUAAAUACUCAAACAAACAGCAAUGAUAGGAGCAGAAGUAAGCUUGAGGUUGCAGAUGAUGACAGCAUUGAUUCCAUCAGUAUGCUUGCCGCAAAUAAUAAUCUAUUAAGUCUAAGAAAUGGUGGUGUCCAUUUAGGCAGCUCAUACGAAGAGUCCGCGAGAAAUAUCAAUUCAACUUUCGCUAGUUCCAUACCUUCUUCAAGUACGAACAGUUUUGCUCCUUAUAACUAUAAUAGAGCAGGCUUUGCGACUCCGAUCUCGUCUGUGUCGUCAUCGAGUAAUUCAUGGCAGAAAUCGGCAAUUAUGGAAAAUAAUAGAUAUCCACAAAUGACCCCAACCUCGUCAACAUAUGCUUCAACAAGACCAAAUACGCCUAGCAACUAUUCCAACUAUCAUUUGGAAAGAUAUUCACGUAGGUAUAGUAAUAAUAAUGGUAAUUUUGGAUAUCAAAUAAAAGAGGAAGAAGGGUCAAUGCAGCCUAUGGAACCAAAUUACAGCGUAUUUCCGCCAUAUUCUCAACAGUAUGGAUACCCACCUCAAUUUGACCAUGGUAAAAAUGGCAUUAGUAAUGAUAUGCCCUUGAUGAUGCAAAUGCAACAAUCAAAUUUCCAUAAAAAUUACUCGAAUGUUCCUCUCUCGCCGACGUCACAAUAUCCUAUGUCUGCAAAUGAUUUUACUUUCGAAAAUCAUAGUAUACAGUUAGAGGAUACAUUAUUUUUUUUUGAUGACUUUUAA